AUGCCUUCCGGCCCCAAGAGUUCACGAUCCGCUUCACCCUCGAGAUCUGAGUCGUCGCGCAGAGCCCGCGAUGCCGCCGCCGCCGGUAUCCCCAAACCCAACCCGGCAUCAUCGGCGGCAUCCGGCUCCCGCGGCGACCUCAGUAGCGAUGGAAAAGCAGACUCUGCCACCCCUCCUCGCCUCUCCUUCAAUCACCUGAAGCAGGGCGAGAGCCAUCAACGCGUGAGUCCUUUCCACUUGCUGUACUGCUGCCUUAUCUGCUUAUCAUCCUUAUCUACCCUGCCCACCUCCACCAUCAUCCUACAACGUCCCCUUCUGUCAUCAAUACAUCAGCCCCAUUCUAACCUUCCCUUCGUCCUACAGAUUCGCCAUGGCGCAAAGCAGCUGCUUCGCCUGACGGAAAACUUCGCCGGCUACAAUGGCCCCGGCCCCGACGGUGGUUAUGACACCACCAACGACCAGGCCCUGCCCAGCGACAGCGACAUACGCGCCAUGACCAGGCUGUCACAUGGCAUCGCUCGCGACAUCAGCCAGAUCAUGGCCCUUCGGAAGGACGACCCGGGCCACCACAAGCGAAAGAGCAUGGAGGAGCAGUUCGGCGCCGUCGGCCCUUCCACCAGCCAGGCUGGCAUGGCCAUGCCCGACUACGCGAGCACCGCCGGCCGCACCAAGAACCGCCGCAAGGUCGAGUUCUCGUGCCACAAGUGCCACCGCGUCGACACCCCCGAGUGGCGGCCCGGCCCGGACGGCCCCAGUACCCUCUGCAACGUCUGCGGCCUGAUUUACGCAAAGAGAGAGCGCAAGAAAGAAGGCUCCACCAUGCCGACCUUUGGUUCUCCCAACUUUUCUUGA